AUGGAAGCGAGCAAGCAACAACCGACCAACCAAGAUGAGCGAAGAACUGACCAACCAGCAGUAAGCAGAGAACUCGGGAGUCGGGAAGGAGUCAAGGACUUCCUUGAUCUCCUCCCUCAAUUCUCAAUGGCCUCCGCCCAGGUUGAUGCUGAACAGGUCAAAGAGGCGACCAACCAAGCUGAAGAAAAACUGGUUAUUGAAGAAAAAGCGGCCACAACUGAAGAACCUGAAGUGGUUGUGCAUGAUGAUGAAGAAGAAGAAGAAGGAGAGAAGAAAACCGAAGAAGAAGUGAAAAACGAUCUGGAUGAAGAGGAGAAAUUGGAAGAAUAUUCACCUAUUAUUGGUGAGGAUGAGCCAAACACUACUUUUGAUGACGAAGAGGAAGGUGAAGAAGGUGACCUGAUUUAA